AUGUGCUCAAUGACUUGGCUAUAUACUUGUUUGUAUGUUCGAAUGAUAAAAGGAUCACAAUUAUAUGGUGUUUACAAUAAAUCAUUAUUAGUUAAUAAAUAUUUAUUACAACGACGUUUGGAUUCAAUACCUUCCGCUGUUAUACAAUCAAAUAAAUUACAUUUAAUAUGUUAUGAUCAUUUACUCAGUCAUUAUUAUUGUACACAUGAUACAAUUUCUAUGUCUAAUCAAUUGUUUAAACUAAUAUUAAGUGAAAUAGAUUUAUUUCGUAUAUUCUCAUUAUAA